AUGGCGACCUCCAACUUUUGGACAAGGGCGAAGGGUGUUCAUAAUGAAGGAACGUCAACGAGGGGUCAGCCACACUGGAGAUGGUUGUGCUUAAGCCACACGUUGUAUGGUAUCGAGUCGGAGAAGGGAGGCGUCAGUCGAUUGAUACAUAUGUGGAGUAACACUUUGUUCGGGUACCUCAGGUUGCAGAUGCAGGUGCCUGGAUACGAGGCAGCCAGCACACCACCUCAUCGCGAGGAAAAGUCAAUGGUUGGUGUGUGGUAUGGUGACGAAGACUCGGAUUGGAGAGCGGGGGAUCGUCGCUGA